AUGCAUCUCAACGCUGCUCUCGCGAUCCUCGCGGCCUCCAGGGUUGCCCUGGCUGCGCCUGCCACUGAGGAGACUCAAGUUGACCCUGCGCUCCGUCUGAUCAAGACGUCCGAGGCCGACGCCGGCACUUGGGUCACGGAGGACCAGAAGAUUGAGGAGUAUGUCAACAAGGACGUCGGCUUCAUUGACAUCACCGACAUCGUCGACGAGGAGGUCUUGGCGGUCCUGUCCACCCCGCCUGAGGAGGUCCUUGAGGCCAGAGUGACAUACCCCACCACUCUGUCCCACGUCACCGAGGCAAACACCCUCAUCGCGUCGGUCUCCAACACCAACCCCCAGACCUGGUUGAAGACUUUGACCGACUUCUACAACCGCUACUACCGCUCCACCUACGGUACCCAAGCCGCCACCUGGUUGUUCAACCAGGUCAAGACUGUUGCUGCUGCCAACUCGGCCAUCACUGUCACUCAGUUCACCCACUCCUUCAGCCAGCCGUCCAUCAUCGUCAAGAUUCCCGGAACCAGCUCUGACCUCGUCAUUGUUGGUGCCCACUUCGACUCCACCGGAGGAUCUUCCACUGCCCGUGGACCCGGUGCUGACGACAACGGCUCCGGUGUCGUUGUCAUUCUCGAGGCUCUCCGCGUCCUCGCCAACGCUGGCUUCAAGCCCAAGAACACCCUCGAGUUCCAUUUCUACGCCGGUGAGGAGGGCGGCCUUCUCGGCUCCCAGGCUGUCUUCGCCAACUAUAAGUCCGCCGGAAAGACCGUCCUUGCCUUCGUCAACCAGGAUAUGGCCGGUUACUCUCCUUCUGGAAAGCUCUCAGUCUACAACGACUACGUUGAUUCCGCUCUUACCACCUACGUCCGUCUCAUUGGAACUCAGUACACCGGUAGCGCGCCCACCAGCGACGUCUGCGGAUACGGGUGCUCCGACCACGCCAGCGCCCGCUCCAACGGCUUCCCUGCCGCUUACGUCUGCGAUGAGCCCAUCGACACCUCCACCCCCUACAUCCACAGCCCCAACGACAGCUACGACACUAUCCAGUGGUCUGCCGUCCUCCGCCACUCCAAGUUCACCGUUGGUUUCUUGGUUGAGGCUUCUUACUUUGAAACGCUAAAAGUUGUCGUCUUCUUCGUGAACCCUAUAGUGUCCGCGCAAAACUGCCUUACUGGGAAGAGUUUCCCGAGGAAACCCAACGAACACUACUACCCCAACCCAUCUCCGCCCAUCGGACGGCGUGGGACCCCACUUUCUGCCACAUACGGUGGUUUCUAUGAGACGCAAGGUGCAUACGCCGUCUUCGGCAGGCAUCCCGGCCAGACGGCCUUGGAUCCCGAGAUACGACUAAAGGAGAGAAAACUUCCCACGAUGGGCGCCUCAGAGGAGCGAGAUAGAGUGGCUGUGACCGAAUCCCACGAUGCGCCGGGCGCUAUUGAGCUGGGAGCGAUGCGCAGUCCGACGAGUUCUCGCCAUCACGACCCCGAAUCUAGCCCAUUGGCCUGGCUAUGUGUUUCAGGAUCAUUUAUGUUUCUUUAUCCAUCAUACGGGUUCAUGCAAUCUGUUGGAACUGUUCAGUCCUAUCUCCAGCUACACCAGCUGAGUGAGUACUCCACUCGCGAUCUAGGUUGGAUCAGCGGAAUCUUCACCUCGCUUGCACUGUUCCUUGGAAUCCAAGCCGGGCCAUUGAUGGAUGCCUAUGGGACGAAGUGGCUGGCUCCCAUCUCCGUGGCACUCUAUGUGCCCGUGUUCUUCAUCAUGGGUGAAUGCACGCAAUACUGGCACUUCGUUCUUUGCUUGGGAGUACUGGGCGGCAUCGGCGGUGCCCUCACAUCAACAGUCGCUGUGGCAGUUAUCGGAAAGCUCUUUAACCGCCGCAAGGGGCUUGCCAUGGGAGUCGCCCUGUCCGGAUCCUCGUUCGGGGGUGUGACCAUCUCGAUGAUGCUUCGGUCCAUCCUGCCUCGACUGGGCUGGCAGUGGUCCAUGAGGAUCAUGGGAUUCCUAGUCCUUGGUAUCAUGGUUCUGGGCGUCAUUUGUUUCCUCCCCUACCCUCGCCUGUCCACUCCUGUCUCUGGAGCACCCGUCGGGAGAGUCGGAGCCCUGCUCAAUUUCUCCGCCUUCCGCUCCCCUCCAUUCGGCUUUAUGGCCGGUGGUCUCUUCAUGCUGGAAUUUGUUCUCUUUGGAAUUACCGGCCUAUUGCCUACUUUUGCCAUUGCUGCAGGCUUCCCUUCGAACAUUGGGUUCUCCCUCGUGGCCAUUCUGAACGGUACUUCAUGUUUCGGUCGGAUCAUGACCGGCGUAAUCGGCGAUAGAAUUGGCCACCUCAACAUCCUCCUCAUCAUGAUAGGUAUUACGAUUGUGUUUACCGGGGUCGUUUUCGUACCUUUUGGAACCAAGCAUAUCGGUGCUUUGUAUGCCUUUGCCGCGCUUUGGGGCUACGGAUCGGGAUCCUUUCUUUCGAGCACACCAGUCUGUUUAGGAAAGACUUGCGAGCCAAAGGAUUACGGGAGGUACUUGGGCACCAUGAACUUUGUAGUCAGUUCCUCGUUGCUAGUAACCGUCCCCAUUGGUGGACAGAUGCUGGAGAGUAUGGGCGGAACAGCGCUCUCGGGAUUUUAUCUUGCUAUUCUCUUCUUGGGCGGUGUUUGCUAUUUUGCUGCCCGCUCCCUUCUUCUAGGCGGGUGGCUUACGCUGAGAGCCAGUAUUUGA